UACUUCUAAACUUUUUACCGACUGUGUUAGAAGUUAGACUUUUGCCGACUGUGUUAGAAGGCUUGUAAGUCUUUGAAGGCUACAUUGUUGAAUGUUGAUUCUUCUCCUUAUUCUAACGUUAGACUUUUAGCCACUGUGUUUGAAGAUUUGUAAGUCAUUGUAGAAUUUGGAUCGUACAAUUGACUGUGAAGUUAGUACUAAACUACGAGUUGAUAGUAGUAAACAUUACCAUGUGCUUUAUACUAUGUAGUAGUGUACUGUUUGUAAUAUUUCGGAUUAGUGGAAGUACAGUUUGUCACCAAAAUGAGGUACCGAAUUCCGAUAUGACGAAAUCUUUACAGUAUGAGAAUAAAAUGAUUCAAAAAGCAAGAGAAAAGUGCAAUGUUAGUAUGCUGUCUGCCUCAGUUAGAAAUGAUACCUACUGUAAUCAAGUAUUUGAUGGUAUAAUGUGUUGGCCACCCACUGAAGCUGGUUCCUUAAGCAUACAGCCAUGCCCAAGUUAUAUGUACAAUUUACUACCAGACGGUAAUGCAUCCAGAACAUGUUUACGGAAUGGUGAGUGGUACGUUCAUCCGAUCUUUAAUAAAACAUGGACAAACUUAUCUGGAUGCUUUGACCCAACAAUGAAAUAUAACUCGCCAUCAGUCGUUCCUGCUAUUGUAAAGGAGCACAUGCGUUAUAUACAGAUUCUGUAUGAUGUUGGAUACAGUAUAUCAUUGUUGUCACUACUUGUAGCUGUCAGUAUCAUGCUGUAUUUUAGAAAUCUGCACUGCCAGCGGAACACGAUCCACAUCAAUAUGUUUGUCUCUUUCAUCUUCCGGUCGAUCAUAUGUCUGAUAAAGGACAGUUAUGUUCUCCCAGAAAUCAACAGUAUAUACAGUACAGACGAGAAUAAAAAUAUUCAAUCGUUUGGGCAGUCGGUGGGCUGCAAAAUUGUGUACACUUUCUUUUAUUACAUCUUGUCAACCAACUUUAUGUGGAUAUUCAUCGAGGGGAUCUACAUGCAUACAUUUGUCAUGUCUACAAAAUACAACGUGUCCUCCACCUUAUACAAGACGCUGCUGGUGUUUGGAUGGGGUGCACCGUCGACCUUUGUUAUCCCGUGGGUAAUUAUGAGGAUUAAACAUGAAAACACAUUAUGCUGGAGUACAAACGAUGUUGAUAAAGGAUACUAUUGGAUAAUAAAAGGACCAAUCACAGCCACAGUUGUUAUAAAUUUUAUAUUUUUUGUCAACAUAAUGAGAGUCUUAUAUACUAAAUUAACAGCAUCGCAUACAAGGAAUCCAUCUCGAUACAGAAAGUUAGCAAAGUCGACCUUGAUUUUAAUUCCAUUAUUUGGAGUGUAUUAUCUUGCCUUUAUUGCUGUGCCUGUAUGCAUGGAACCAAUAUUAGAAGUGAUAUGGUUGUAUACAGAAAUGUUCUUUAAUUCCUUUCAAGGAUUUGCAGUUGCAAUAUUGUUUUGUUUUAUGAACGAAGAGGUAAGAAGAGAAAUCCGAAAGGUCAAAAGAGAUCAUAAGUUACGACGAAACAGUCAUAUAUCAAACCGAUCUACGAGUAGAACAGUCGAACAGUUUUUUCAAAGUGAACAUGAUAAUAUAAUACUCGGCGCAGAGCCUAAAUCUACAAAUGUGCAUUUUGAACUUGAUGAAAAGUCAAGAAUUAUUCUUGAAAAAACGAAACAUUUGUUUAUUGAUGGGAAUGAUUCCAUAUUAAAUACGACGGUGAAUGGAAUACAUGUAAAUGGAGAGAAUUUAAACCUUGUCUCUCUCAAUGAUGGAACAAUUGAGUCAUGAACGUAUACAAUGAAAGAAUAAUUGAGUCAUGAACUUAUGCAAUAAAAGAAUAAUUGAGUCAUGAACUUAUGCAUUGAAAGAACAAUUGAGUCACAGACUUUUGCAAUGAAAGAACAAUUGAGUCAUGAACUUAUGCAAUGAAAGAACAAUUGAGUCAUGAACUUAUGCAAUGAAAGAACAAUUGAGUCAUGAACUUAUGCAAUGA